UUUUCUCUCCGGAUAAUCUGUUAGUUGAAGAUAUUAUAUUUUGUUGUCAGGAGAAUGAACACUCCUUCCGCCAGGGACGGACUGAGUUUGAUGACUCUGGUCGGACUCUGCACCUCGAAGCUGUCGUCUGUAGAAUGGUGGCAUGCAUGACAUGCUCAUGCUCGCCCGAUGCUCUUCCGAGGACGACAACCCCAUUCCCAUCCCCGACCUUCACGCGCAGGCUUCGUUCUCAAGAAGUAGCUCUCGCCUUACUCCAAAGGUGCUCCGACUUCAAACAGCUCAAGCAAGUCCACUCCCACAUUAUCCGGAACGGCCCUUCUUGCGAUCAAAAACUCGCCACGAAACUCCUUUGCCUUUGCUCUUCUUAUGGGAAAAUGGACUACGCCACCCUGGUUUUCCGCCAAAUGCAGAACCCUCUCUCGUUCGCUUGGAACAUCAUGAUUAGGGGCCAUACCCUAAAUGGCGACUCGCACAAAGCUCUCCUUCUAUAUAAACUCAUGAUCUUCCAAUGCGUGGCACCCGAUAAGUUCACCUUCCCAUUUGUUAUCAAAGCUUGCAUUGCGUCCUCCGCCAUUGAUAAAGGAAGAGAGGUCCAUGUGAUGGCUAUCAAAACGGGUUUUGCAGGAGACGUUUUUGUGCAAAACACCUUGAUGGAUCUUUACCUCAAAUGUGGAGGUUUAGUUGACGGUCGUAAGGUGUUUCACAAAAUGCGUGUAAGAAAUGUGGUUUCGUGGACAACCAUGCUAACAGGGCUUAUUGUGCAUGAGGAGUUAGAUGCCGCUAGGCAGUUUUUUGAGCAAAUGCCAAUUCGUAAUGUUGUUUCAUGGACAGCGAUGAUUAAUGGCUAUGUUAGAAACCAACGGCCUCACGAAGCAUUUGAACUGUUUCGGAGAAUGCAGCAUGACAAUGUGAGGCCAAAUGAGUUUACGCUGGUUAGCUUGUUGACUGCGUGUGCUGAAUUGGGAAGCCUCAAUUUGGGCAGCUGGAUUCAUGACUUUGCUCUCAAGAACGGGUUUAAGCUCGGGGCUUUCCUUGGGACGGCUCUUAUUGACAUGUAUAGCAAAUGUGGUAGUUUAGAGGAUGCAAGGGAUGUGUUUGAUAAAAUGCAAACUAAGAGCUUGGCUACGUGGAAUUCAAUGAUCAGUAGCUUGGGUGUCCAUGGAUGUGGAGAAGAAGCUCUUGCUCUUUUUGCACAAAUGGAAAGUGCUAAUGUGCAGCCAGAUGCUAUCACUUUCGUAGGCGUUCUAUGUGCUUGUGUACACACCGGCAAUGUGGGUGCUGGUGUUAAGUACUUCAAAGAUAUGAGUGAACACUACAGUAUCACACCUAUUCCAGAACAUUACACUUGCAUGAUUGAACUUAGUAACCGGGCCAACAUGUUAGAUGAGCUUUCUGAAUUGGCAGUUGUGAUGCCUGUGAAGCCAAGUCAUUGUGUAACAGCAUCAAUGCUCAGGGACAGUAAGGUAUAUAGUGUUGCUGGUGCAUAUAGAGGUAUUUCUUUUGGCAAUUCUUCUGGGGAGUUGCAUUGGUUGGGAGGAAGUUUGUGUCUUUCACCUAAAUUUCCUAGUCGAUGCACCAAAUUGGAUGUGCGCUGACCUCCUGCUUGAGGAAUCAUUUACAUUUUACUCUAUGAUGAUGCUUCUUGCCACCACAAACUAUAUAUAAGCUCAAUGUAAAUAUGUUUGUGUUUAGAGGAGCAUUGCAGCGAGGCUACAUGCUAUGUAUGUGCCACUUUAUUAAAGUUUGAAGACACACGGACUAAAUGGCUUUAUGUCUUGCAGCCCGAAUCUGAAUCCCUAAAAUUGUGCAUCCCUAAUUGAUAUGUCACUGUGGUGUUCCUCUAUUAUUCUUGUUGGGGGACGAGAAGAGGAGGGGGGGGGGGGGUGGAGAAGAACUCUGCAGGAAAGAGCAAAUAAUGAUGGGUAAUGUUGGAGCUUACAAGAUGCCUUGGAGCAAGAUCAAGAACCAAAACAAAAUACAUAAAGCUAUUAUAACUAAUAUGUGUAGUUAGAUUAGUUGUUCAAUUGCUGUUAUUGUAUCUAUAUACAAGAAGACUACUUGUAUAAUAAAAUACAGUUCAGUUUUUCUAAUCAAAGUGAAGAUAGUUGAU